UUUUGUAUUCUAUUUCAUCCCUGAGAGAGAGAGAUGGAGGGUAUAGAUUACUUGGCUGAAGAAAGGAAGAAAGCUGAGUUCAAUGUUGAUGAGAUGAAAAUUGUUUGGGCAGGUUCUCGCCGUGCUUUUGAAGUUUCAGAUUAUAUCUCCAAGCUUGUUGCUGAUGAUCCUGGUUUCAGUAAGGAGGAAAGAACCAUGCUUUCUAGGAAAGAACUAUUUAAAGACACUCUAAGGAAGUCAGCAUACUCAUGGAAACACAUCAUUGAUCUUCAGCUUUCUGAAGAAGAAGCAGAGAAGUUAAGAUAUUUCGUCGAUGAGCCUGCUUUUAUUGAUUCUCAUUUGGGAGUGUUUAUACCCGCUAUAAAAGGACAGGGCAACAAGGAACAACUGAAAAAGUGGUUGCCGUUGGCAUACAAGAUGCAAAUUAUUGGCUGCUAUGCUCAAACUGAACUUGGACAUGGGUCCAAUGUUCAAGGCCUUGAAACCACUGCCACAUUCGAUCCCCAAACAGAUGAAUUUGUCAUUCAUAGUCCAACACUGACAUCAAGCAAGUGGUGGCCUGGUGGAUUAGGUAAAGUCUCUACCCAUGCGAUUGUGUAUGCUCGUCUUAUAACAGAUGGUAAAGAUCAUGGGAUUAACGGUUUUAUUGUCCAACUACGGAGCUUGGAGGAUCACAAACCUCUUCCAGGCAUUACUGUCGGAGAUAUUGGAACAAAAUUUGGAAACGGAGCAUACAAUACCAUGGAUAAUGGGGUGCUAAGAUUUGAUCACUUGCAUAUUCCAAGAGAUCAAAUGCUGAUGAGGGUUGCACAAGUUACUAAGGAUGGAAAAUAUGUCCAAUCUGAUGUUCCUCGACAACUUCUCUAUGUGUCCAUGGUACAUGUUCGUCAAGCACUUGUAACAUAUGCUUCUGGUGCUUUGUCUCGGGCUGUUUGUAUUGCAACGAGAUAUAGUGCUGUUCGUAGACAAUUUGGUUCUCAAAAUGGUGGACAAGAAAUUCAGGUGAUAGACUACAAAACACAGCAAAGCAGGCUCUUCCCCUUGUUAGCUUCAGCAUAUGCCUUCAGAUUUGUUGGUGAGUGGCUGAAAUGGUUUUGCACUGAUGUAACUCAAAGACUAAAAGCAAAUGAUUUCUCAACGUUGCCUGAGUUGCACGCGACUACAGCUGGAAUAAAGUCUUUGACAACCACUGCCACUGCUGAUGGAAUUGAAGAAUGCCGAAAGUUGUGUGGAGGUCAUGGUUAUCUUUGUAGCAGUGGACUUCCAGAAUUAUAUGCCGUUUCUGUCCCUGCCUGUACAUUUGAAGGAGAUAACGUCGUGCUACUACUUCAGGUUGCAAGGUUUCUUCUGAAGACUCUUUCACAGCUGAGCUCCGGAAAGAAGCCAACGGGUACCAUAGCUUAUAUGGGGAAAAUUGAACAGUUGAUGCAAUGCCAUUCUGAUGUGGAACAAGCCAAGGACUGGCUCAAACCUAGUGCAAUAUUGGAAGCAUUUGAAGCAAGGGCUGCCAGGAUGUCUGUUUCUUGUGCUCAGAGUCUUAGCAAGUUUGAUUAUCCAGAAGAAGGCUUUCAAGAACUUGCAACUGAUUUAGUUGAAGCUGCAGUUGCUCACUGUCAGUUGAUUGUUGUCUCCAAAUUUAUCGAAAAGCUGCAACAAGACAUUCCAGGGGAAGGUGUUAAGCAACAACUGGUGGUGCUUUGUAGCAUCUAUGCACUCUUCCUACUUCACAAACAUCAAGGAGACUUCCUCGCGACGGGCUACAUCACCUCAAAGCAGGGGUUAUUUGCUAAUGAGCAGCUCAGGGCCUUGUAUACUCAGGUUUGUCUCAUUGGAUUUGUUAUCUGUGUUUGCUGUUCAUUUGUGUACCCGAAACUGUAUGAGGCUGCGUGGAAGGAUCCUCUCAACGAAUCGGAUAUACCCGAUGGCUUCCAUGAAUAUAUCAGGCCACUACUCGAGCAACAAUUGCAGACUGCUAGAUUGUGAAUGAAGAACUGCAGAAAAUGGGAGAA